CUCGAGAGAGACAAGAGUUUGUGCUUCUCUGCAUUUCACGUUUUCUCGACGAGGUCUAUGAAAACGUAGAUAAAAUGGCGCAGUUUGGGUUUGAGAACGACAUCCACAGCAUCUUGAAGCUGGACAUGCCGAUCACAAACGCUCCCAUGGCGAGGUGGCAGAGAAAGGCGAGCUCAUCAAACACAUCCGCCCUGAGCGGCUUGUCGCCGGGAAAGUCUGCUAAUGUGUCCCUGAGCUCAUCAAAAACACCAAGCAAAACGCCAGGCAAAAACAAGAAACAAACCCCAUCCAAGAUGGGGGGUGAUCGCUUCAUUCCCAUCAGAAACAGCAAGCAAAUGGAUGUGGCAACUUUCCUGCUGACAAAGGAGAAUGAGCCAGCGGACACAAACACAUCAGUUACAUCAGAAACCCAGAAAGCGUGGUCUGUGUCACUGAAUGGAUACAACGUUGAAGAUGCAAAGAUCCUCCAUCUCGGAGGGAAACCACUUAAUGCACCAGAAGGCUACCAAAACAACCUAAAAGUCCUCUACACUCAGACAGCAACCCCUGCCUCUAUUAAAAAGUCCAGAUACAUAUCCUCAACUCCUGACAGGAUCUUGGAUGCUCCUGAUCUUAGAAAUGAUUUCUAUUUGAAUCUACUUGAUUGGAGCAGUAGAAAUUUUCUCGCUGUUGCUCUUCAUAACAGUGUUUACCUGUGGGAUGCCACUCAAGGAGACAUCAUUCUUCUCAUGAAGCUGGAGCGUGAAGAGGACUACAUCUGCUCCCUGUCCUGGACUAAAGAGGGAAGCUACCUAGCUGUCGGCACCAGUGACUGCAAGGUUCAGUUGUGGGAUGUUGAAAAUCAGAAGCGCUUGCGCAGCAUGGCCAGCCACACAGCGAGGGUUGGAAGUCUGAGCUGGAAUGACCAUAUUCUUUCCAGUGGCUCCAGAUCAGGACACAUCCACCACCAUGAUGUGAGGGUGGCAGACCAUCACAUCGGCACCCUCACUGCUCACACACAGGAGGUGUGCGGCCUCAAGUGGUCCCCUGAUGGGCGAUACUUGGCUAGUGGAGGCAAUGAUAACUUGGUGUGCAUAUGGCCCCGUGCACAGGAGGGCAGCGCAGGCAACGACGGCCAGCUGAUCCGCUGCUGGAGCGAACAUCAGGGAGCAGUCAAGGCUCUGGCCUGGUGUCCAUGGCAGCCCAAUAUCCUUGCAUCUGGAGGUGGUACUAGCGACCGCCACAUCCGUAUCUGGAAUGUAAACAGUGGCUCCUGUAUCAGUUCACUUGACACUCAGUCCCAGAUCUCAUCCCUGGUGUUUGCACCUAACUACAAGGAACUGGUCUCUGCUCAUGGAUAUGCCCACAACAAUGUUGUUGUCUGGAAAUAUCCCUCUCUCAGUAAAGUCGCAGAGCUCAAUGGCCAUGACGACAGAGUUCUGAGUUUGACUCUCAGUCCGGACUGCUCUUCUGUUGCUACUGUUGCUGCAGAUGAGACCAUUCGCCUGUGGAAGAGCUUUGAAAUGGAUCCCAUUAAGAAGAAGGCUAAAGAGAGGAUGGUUAAAUCAACCAGCAGCGUCAUUCAUCAGUCCAUCAGAUAAUUUGCUUCAUAGAGAUUUUACAUCUAUAAUGAGUCUGAGUUAUUUGCGAUAUAUAUAUUUUUUUUCUUAAUUUAUCCACAAUAAAGGGAACCACCUGGUGUUGGUCUGUUAUGCUCCAGUUGGUGGUUUAAAGUGUUGAUGGCCUCAUGUUUAUUUAUGCAGGUCUGCUGUUGUGUGUACAGUACG